AUGGCCGGCUCCAACAACGAAGUUAUUGUUCAGGCUGUUUCACAGCAGGUCGAGGAGAAGAAGGUCGAUGCUGUUGAGAAGUCUUCAGAGGAAACAACGAACUCGCUAGAGGAAAAAUCUUCGACUGACGUCAAGCCCUCCGCAAACGCGGACAGCGAGCCAGCGACCGACGACAAGGAGAAGAAGGAUGACGAGACGACACCUGACAGUGACGUUGUUGAGGUUGAGGCUGAAAAGGUCCCUGAAGUGGCUGCUUCUGCGGAUGCGAUCCCUUCCACUACUGAAACGACUGCCGCCAUUUCGACCAAAAGGAAGGCUGAGGCGUCGGAGGACGAGACAGGCGCCAAGAAGGUCUGCCUAGAAGCUGAGGCUUAG